AUGGAAAAAAGACGCGCAGCUAGCCCGGCUGCCACCGAUCUUGAUGCUCGCCCCAGAGCGCAUGCGGUCUCUGCUCGUCAGCCAACAACGCACAAGACGUCAUCACCAGCAAGGGGAGGGCCGUCUCAGAACAAUCCAUUAGCCGCCGCUCCAUCAACUCCCUCUAGCAGCAGAAAAAGGAAAGCACAGUCAGAAUCCCCAAAGUCUGAAAAGCGUCAGAGAAGGUUUCGACCUCAGCCACCCCGGAGCUUCUACACCAUCUAUGAGCGCGCGCUCUCCCAACGAUUCUAUGUGAUCAAGCGUGAACGCGGGGGAACCGCAGAAUGCCCCGAAGAGUCACUCGAGUUGGCUGGGUCGACGGGCAAUGUCUACAACAUUCACGUUGGCCAGAAUCCGUCAUGCAACUGUCCCCAUGCACGGAAGGGCAACCAGUGCAAGCACAUUCUCUACGUCAUGGCCCGCGUGCUGCGUGCCAGGUUCCAGCACGUGUACCAGCUUGCCCUCCUGAGCAGCGAGCUCCGCGAGAUCUUCGCCGCCGCGCCCCCCAUUGACAGCAAAGAAGCACUCGACGCUGCCAAGGACCCAAGCGCUUCGGCCGAUGACCGACGGAAGCCGGUCGAGGGCGACUGUCCCAUCUGCUUUGACGGGCUCGACACCUCGAGGAACGAGCAGGUCGUCUGGUGCCGGGCUGCCUGUGGGCAGAACAUUCACCGCGACUGCUUCCAGACCUGGGCCAAGACGAAGCGUCAGUCAGAGGUGACUUGUCCCUUUUGUCGCAGUGUGUGGGAAGGGGACGAAGAGAUGGUCAAGACGAUCAAAAAGGGAAGCCACGUCAACGGUGAGGGCUACGUGAACGUUGCUGAUCAGCUUGGAAUCAGUGGCGUCCGAGAUACAAGUAGUUAUUACUCGAGCUACUCGUCAUGGAGACGACCCUGGUACGGGCAGUAUGAUGGUGGACAAGAUGUCAGCUUUGCGCUUGAUGGUGACGAUGACAACGAGGUAUAUGAUGCAUACGAUGACGAAGAGGAUCAAGAGAGCGGGGACGGUGAGGGCGAGUAA